AUGGUGUUCCGCACUUCGAAAACCCGGCCGAGUCCUCUGGUGGCACCCGAGUCCAUGCUCAACGGACGGCCCAAGAUAAUACGCCUGUCCAAGUCCGCCUUUCGCAAGCACCGCUUUGGUGGUCGAGACGCUGCGGCCGCCUUCGUUGCCGCCAGCACCGGUCACGGCCUCCCGUGGCUGGCCAGGUUCCGAAAUCGCUGGCUGCCGAACAUCAACAAGAACGUGCUCCUUCCGGCGCUCAUCUCGCUGCGUAGCGUCGGCCUGCGCAUCAUAGACAGCAAUGAUCACGUGAUCCUGUCGACCUGCACCACGGUGUGGGCCAUCGUGUCUGUCGCCUUCCAGAGCGUCAACGUCUGCAUGACCAUCAUGGGGGUCGUAUCCAACAACUUUCACGGUUACCUGCUUGAUCAGGUCUCGCUGGUAUUGGCUACGCUGUGCUCGAUCAUCUGCUCGGUCUUGCUCGCGUUCAGCCCGGGGCGGUUGAAUGCGCUCAUCGAAAAGGUGGAGGACACGUUGUUCGAGCUGCACUGCCCUCGCGACCUGCGCCAGUACUGGAUGCCCAUCAGUCUGCUCACCGUGGUCGGCUGGCUGUACUUGGCGCUCAGGUUCGUCGCGGUCACCUGGGUGCUCGACAACCAGCCGCCAAGGGACGUCUUCAAGGGUGUAUUCUUCACGGAGGCGAGCCGCAAGUACUCGGAGAACACGCUGCUGUUCCUGGUGGCGCUCAUCUGGUACCUGAACACCCUGUUCGUCUACGGAACCCUCGUGUUCGUGCCCAUCCUGUUCAUCUCCUUCUGCAUGAUACUGGCGCGCGCCUUCCGCGUGCACAACGCCGUCAUACGCGACGUGCACCGAUCGGGCCGCUCGGUCGAGGCCGACACCCUCGCCCAGAUCCGCAUCUUCUACGAGCGCAUCUGCACCCUGGUCACCGACCUGAACGAGAUCUUCGGGCCGGUCAUCUUCUCCUGGUACAUCAUGAUCGUCCUCAGCGUUUGCAUCGACAUGACCCAGCUCUUCAGCGACACAAACCUGCUGAAGAACACCAAGGAAGACGAAGGCUUCCUCUUCAGCCUGCGCGGCAUCUACUCCCUCCUCUCCUUCCUGGGCACCUGCCUCGCCGCGUCGAGGGUGUCCGAGGAGGCGCUCGCGCCGCUGCCGCACCUGCACGAGCUGACGCUGCGCAGCUGGCGCCUCGACAUGAACACCAAGAUGGAGGCGCACUUCUUUCUCAGUCGCCUCUCGUCGUCGCCGGUCUCGAUGACCGGCUGGAACUUCUUCACUAUCAAUCGCGGCUUCAUACUGAGUGUAUGCGCCGCGCUCACCACGUACGUGGUGAUUAUCAUUCAGAUGAAUCCCAAGGCCAUGAAGACCAUCAACAAGCUGGUCAACACGGCGCUCAACAACACUGGCAAUGGUACCGCAUCUAGUGAAUAGAAUAUCUCGGGUGCAUUUAAUCUUACCGUUUCGUAAUCGAUGUCAACGCAAGCGUUUCUUGCCGGAGACGGUACUGGUGGCUGUCUUCAGAACUGCUGUUAAAAAUGAUAUGGUACAAAAAGUAUAUUACAACCUUCUCGCAUUACAACCACUCCCCAGCUUAUCAUCAGAUUCGAAGAUAAAACAACCUCGCAUUUGUUCCCCUACCGUCAAUAACAGUCCGCAUAAAUAAGACUAAUACUAUGGUUUCGGUUAAACACAAUUUUACUACGUAGAUGUCGUUAAAAGCGGGGAGUGAUACGGUAAAGUUUCGGCAUGAGGUUAACGUGGCAAACGUGACAUGUUAUUGUUCAGCCAAAAGCCCAUGAUAGAUAACCUACCCAGUAUAGGAUCAAACACUAUCGUUUCUGAAAAACUCCGAAUUAAAGAAGUACCUAUAUGGGCUCUGCAUUUGAACUACCUUCUUAGUUAGCUCUUCCCGAAAAAAAACGAUGCUAUUACAAUACCACAUUGAAAAGACUUAGCAUGUGUUUCUUGCGUGUUAGGUGAACCACACUUGGUUAUGCACACAUGAACGUUACCUUAUGUGCUGUACUCUGUAUAACGCGGAAAGGAGUGUGUUAUUCGGGUUCCUCAAGAAGACAGGAAUUCCUCACAGUUCUCUUCAGGACAUUGUUUUCCCGUGCGGGAACCAGAGGUAUACGAAGGAGGUUUUUCGCCUUCUUUUAAAUUACCGGCAGGACAGGGAUUUGGCCUCCACAUGGUGACCUUAGGAGUGACUAUGUGUAGCUGUGAGGUCUGUGUCUGAUUUAUAUGAUUUAUGUAUUUUAAGUGUCGUUACGAUGGAGCAGUUGCCGGCAGCAACUGCAAGACUAAUCCCACCAGUAGCCUACAACCACUCAGCUCAACUCAACUCAACUCGCAUGAUCUCUAAAUUUGCCGUUUGUGACUCGAGAUAUUGCGCCAGCCUAUCAUAUGCCUCAGGCGCUGUCGAAUUCAUGCUACCUAUCUUUUUAAAUAAAAAUGUGCAUAUACCGAGGGUGUCACCGGUUUUAAUUAAUAUGCCUGGAACUGUCCCGUGAAAUCUUACUUGUUUGGGCUACAUGUCACCAUUUUGGCUAUCGAAACCAAUGUGGAUGCGGAUAUUCUUUUUUUUUUUUCAAAUGAACUCUUUGUUUUCACUUGAAACGGGCCAUAGCCCUAUCUGAAUAUACAUACCCAUACUUUCAUGUAAUCAUCGUACUUAAAUAAAGAAACGGUUGAGAAUGAACGUUUGCAUAUUUAUUUGUCAUUGAAAAUCACAUUAUUACCGCGUACUAGCAUGGAGUGACGAAAAUGUCCAUAAGUACAGCAAGCGAGAUAUGCAUUCCUUCGGGAAUUAGUUCAGCCACGUUACCGGACAAAAAGCCGCAGAAUUCGUAACUGAAAAAUAUUUAAUAGGGUAUUUAACUCGUUAACUACGGAGAAUUGA